GAUUUUUAACACAGUAUGAAAAUUGUUACGGUUAUUUUUUAUGUCGUUCUUUUAGCUGUAACUUCGGCUAACAUUUGAAACCGUAAAGACAACCAUUUACGUUUCUGUUACAUUAACUACAUUCUGGCUCUCUUAACUAAACAAGCCUCACUGGGCCCUGACUUGAACCAGGAAGCACGUCCACAUCAGUCCUAUGCAGAGAGCUAUGUUCUUGAAGAUGUUUGGCGUGAGAUGUAUCCUGAGUGAUGUCAGCAGAGGACUACAGAGAUGUGCUUACCCGCAAAUGCCAACCAUUGGCACACAACUCUUCAGAUUUUUCCCACAUCAAACCCAAAGACUGGCUCAUAGAAGAUUCUCUCAAAAGCAAAACCCAUCGACAAAUGCAGCCAAGAUAAAGCUUACGUCACGCCUGCUUGUCACAGUACUUUUUGGAGGUGGCUUGUUUGGAGCUUGGUACUAUGUUUAUUUAGAAAAGCAACAAAAGCUGCAACUGCAACGUUUAAACCAGCUAAAGCAAGUGGCUAUUGGACAAGGCACUUUCAGUCUGGUGGACCACAAUGGGCAGCACAGGACCAAGCAAGAUUUCCUAGGGAGGUGGGUGCUGCUUUAUUUUGGAUUCACCCACUGUCCAGACAUUUGCCCCGAUGAGCUGGAGAAGCUGAGCACUGUUGUGUCUGUCCUUGACCAAGACCCGUCAUUGCCAAAGGUACAACCACUCUUCAUCACUGUGGACCCAGAGAGGGACACUGCACAAGAACUGGCUGUGUAUAUCAAAGACUUCCACCCGCGCCUGAUCGGUUUGACUGGCACUCCAGAGGAGGUGAAACAUGCAGGGCGGGACUAUAGGGUGUAUGCAAAUCCUGGGCCUAAGGAUGAGGACGGAGACUACAUUGUGGAUCACACAAUCCUCAUCUACCUCAUAAGCCCAGAUGGACUAUUCUUGGAUUAUUACAAUAGGAUGAAGAGCCAUGAACAAAUAACAGAAAGCAUCAGAAAUCACAUGAAGACGUAUGUUAGAAUCUAACCACACAAAUCUGAUCUGGAAAAAUGUUUAAGGUCAGAUAUGGUCAAAAGAAAAUGUGAUCAGUGCAGAACUGCAUGAUUGCAAUAUUUCUAUAUUUUCAGUUUAAAAUGAAAUAAAGUAAAUUUUGGAUUACA